AUGAGUGCAAUUAUUUUGAGCUUAAUUGUUGGAUCAAUUACAUUAUUAUCAUCAAUUGUUAUUGUUUUGAUUGUUUAUCUACAAAAAAAGUUUAAAAGAACAUGUAUUUGGAAAUCAACAACAAGUAGACAAUCAGUUAUUAGUUCAGCACCGAUUUCUAGACAACAAUCUUCAUCAUGUUUAUUUAAUCUGGAACAACAACAACAACAACAAUUAUCACGAUCUCGUUCAGCUUCAUUCGGUGAAGAUCUUACUGCUCGUCUUCAAACUUUAGCUGCUGGCAAUUGUUAUCGUUCUUAUGCUCCUGCAACAAUUGAUUUAUCAUCUCGUUCAACUAGAUUAUCACUUGGUGCUAAUAUUCGUUUUCCAACUGUAUCGAAUAUAUCUCCAAUUAUUCCUUCAAAACCAAUUACACCUUCAAUUACAUAUCAACUUCGAUAUGAACAUACAAUAGAAACUUUAUUUAUAACUAUUGUUCAAUUAAAUAAUUAUAUACCAACUAAAAAUACUCAAAAUAUAUAUGUAAUUCUUUAUUUAUUACCAAAUGAUGAUGAACAACGUCAAACAAAAUCAUCAAUAAAUGGUAUAUUUAAUGAAAAUUUUCUUUUUCCAUUAAAAUCAAAUGAUUUAUUAAAACGAACAUUACGUUUAACAGCAUAUGAAGUUAAUUCAAUAACACGUAUUCGUCAUAUAAUUGGACAUGUAUUUAUUAAAUUUGAUCAAUUUAUUGAUGAAAAUAAAAAUGACAAAACAUUUUCAACAAAUAGUUUAUUAGAAUAUCUCAGUCAAGAUUUACAUAUUCGAUCUGAUUAUCUUGGACAAUUAACAAUAAAAACUUAUUAUUUAAAAGAUCAAAAUCUUAUUCAAAUACGAAUACAACAAAUUAAUUAUUUACAUAUAGAGCGAUCGAAAUUUAAAAUCCCAUUAAAAGCUUAUUUCAGUGGUCAACUAUCGAAUACUUCUCAUAAGUAUCAUUGGGCAAAUACUUCAUCAUUUAUGAUUCCAUCAUCUUCGUCAUCAUUUCAAAUUGAUAAAGAAUUACAAUUAAUUGUUGAUUCAUCAUUAAUUUCAACAAAUGAUAAUCAUGUUGAAUGUCAUCUUAGACUUCAUUUACAUGGUUCUAAUCAAAUACAUAGUCAUGCUCGAUGGAAACACUCACUUCAAUCAACCGUACCACAUACAUAUACUGUUUCACUUGUUGCUUUAUAA